AUGUAAAUCGAUUACGCAUUUUUGGAAACAUUAAAAAGAGGAAUUGAUGUUGAUUUCCAUAAAAAUCGAUAUGUUAGAGAUCAAUCAAUACCUCAUGCUCCAUGCAAGAAUCUAUGUUUAAACAAAUAAGUAAACAAUAAAAUAGACAUUAGGAAUAAAGAUUAGCAUUAAAAAAUGCUUUAAGAUACUUUCAUCCAGAUCUUCAUGAGAAAUUAGUACCUGAAUUUUUAUAUGAAUUAUAAACUUAUGGGCAUAUCUAUAUGUAUAGAUUGAUUCCAAAUUAUGAAAUGAAAGCAUAUCCAUAUGAUAAGUAUUAAUCUUUUUAAUUUUUAGAUAUCCUUGCCAAUGUAAAUAAGCUUAGGUUAUCAUGCAUAUGAUAAUGAAUAAUCUUAAUCAUGAAGUUGCAUAGUUUCCACACGAAUUAAUUACUUAUGGUGGUAAUGGUAGUGUCUUUUAAAAUUGGGCUUAAUAUCACUUAACUAUGUAAUAUCUCACUUAAAUGACUGAAAAUCAAACAUUAGUAAUGAAUAGUGGUCAUCCUUAAGGAUUAUUUCCUAGUCAUCCUGAUGCUCCAAGAAUUGUAUUAAGUAAUGGAAUGAUGAUUCCUAAUUAUUCUACUUAAUCUCAUUAUGAAAAACAUUAUGCUUUAGGUAAUACUAUGUAUGGACAAAUGACUGCAGGAAGCUAUUGUUAUAUAGGAAGUUAAGGUAUUGUACAUGGAACAACACUUACUUUAUUGAAUGCAGCAAGGAAAUAUCUCAACACUGAUUCAUUAAAUGGUGUCGUCUUUGUUUCAUCUGGUUUAGGUGGAAUGAGUGGUGCAUAACCAAAAGCUGCUGAUAUUCUAGGUUGUAUCUCAGUCAUUGCAGAAGUUUCUGAAAAAGCAUUGGAUAAACGAUUGAAAUAGGGUUGGGUUAAAAAAAAAAUUACUGAUGUUGAAGAAGUAAUUACACAAAUUAAAUUGGCUAAAUAAGAAAAAAGAGCAGAAUCUAUUGGAUUCUUAGGCAAUAUAGUCUUAUUGUGGGAAAGAUUAGCUUAGGAAGAAGUUAAUUUAGUUCAUUUGGGAUCGGAUCAAACUUCUCUACAUAAUCCUUUUAAUGGGGGAUAUUAUCCUGUUUAAUUAUCAUUCGAAGAAGCUAAUUAAAUGAUGGUUUAGGAUCCAGAAUAAUUUAAGAAAUUAGUUUAUCAAUCAUUAGUUAGAUAAGUAGAUGCAAUUAAUUAAUUAACAGCAAAAGGUAUGCAUUUUUGGGAUUAUGGAAAUCGUUUUUUAUUAGAAAGUAGAAGAGCUGGUGCUAAUGUAAAUUCGGAACAUGAUGAAUAAUUAUUUCGAUAUCCUAGUUAUUUCUAAGAUAUAAUGGGUGAUAUAUUUAGUCUUGGUUUUGGUCCAUUUAGAUGGAUAUGUUCAAGUGGAUUAUGUGAAGAUUUAAGAAAGACUGAUAAAAUAGCUGAAUAAGUACUUUAAGAUCUGAUAAUAAAUUCUCCAAAAAUAGUUGCAGAUUAAUUAAGAGAUAAUUUGGAUUGGAUUCGUAAGGCAGAAGAGAAUAAAUUAGUAAUAGGAUCAUAAGCUCGAAUACUAUAUGCUGACACUUAAGCAAGAACAGAGAUAGCAAUUAGAUUCAAUGAAGGUGUAAAAAAGGGAGAAAUUUCAGGUCCUAUAGUUUUAUCAAGAGAUCAUCAUGAUGUAUCUGGUACAGAUAGUCCAUUUAGAGAGACAGCAGAUAUAUAUGAUGGUUCUUAAUUCACAGCAGAUAUGGCAGUUCAGAAUGUGAUAGGAGAUUCAUUUAGAGGAGCAACUUGGGUAGCAUUACAUAAUGGCGGUGGAGUAGGUUGGGGAGAGGUAAUAAAUGGUGGAUUUGGAUUAGUAUUAGAUGGUUCAGGUAUUUAAAUAAUAUAUUAUUAGAUGAUGCAUCUAGAAGAGCUAAGAUGAUGCUGUAAUGGGAUGUGAAUAAUGGUGUAGCAAGAAGAUCUUGGUGUGGAAAUUAGAAUGCAUAAUUUAAUAUAAAGAGAUAGAUGGAAAUGGAACCACUUUUGAAAGUUACAAUCCCUUAUGUAAGUGAUGCAGUUGAUAAAUUAGAGUUUUGAUGAGAA